AUGUCGAACAAUGAAAUAUCCAUCGAGGCAGCAAAAUUGUGGCGUGAACUAUCCUCGGAAGAAAAGGAAAAGUGGGCCCGUAUGGCCGAAGAGGAAAAGAAAAAACAUAAAAAAAAAUAUCCAGGUUACACCUAUCGUCCGAAAAUCAGAAAACAAAAAAAAAGCGCGAAGAAUGAUAAUAAGAUGUUCUCCUCGUUCAAAGUAGAGGUUCGGAGCACUCUUGCGGUCGAACAAAAUUGUCUAAUUAAACCGAUGAAUAAUAUUAAUGUUGGAUCUUCGAUAGUCAGUAAUAAUUUCUUUUCAACUCGUGAUAAUGAAUUUAAUAAUUUGGUCAAUAAAAACAUCCCUAACUCUCAUUUUUCCGAGGAUGACGCUUCUCUGCAUUCAACUUCUAGUAACCCUCAUUUUUCUGAGGUCGACGCUUUUCCACAUUCAACUUCUAGUAAUAUUUCCAGCCCGCAUUUUUCUGGGACCACCGUCUCAUUAUAUCAAAAUUCAUUUUAUAUUCCUAACCUUCAUUUUUCCGAGAACGUUACUUCUCCACAAUCAACUUCUAGUAAUAUUUCCUGCCCUCAUUUUUCCGGGACUGCUGUCCCUUCAUAUCAAAAUUUAAUUUACAUUCCUAACCCUUAUUUUUUUGAGGCUGACGCUUCUCCACAUUCAACUUCUA